GUCGACGUUUGAUUGGUACUAGCUAACAGUGUUUAGCUGAGUAGUGUAUACCCAGGAAGACCUUUUUGACAGCGUAUUAUUUGUACCGUAUCCUGUAAUCUUAUGGAGGUUUAUUUAUCUCUUCGCUUUGUGUCCCUACCGGAAGCCGGAAGAAAUGUGGACGCCGAUGGGAGAAGAGGACUGUCUGUGUGACUGUCAACAUUACGGCGGAUGAAAUGGUCGCGUUUGUACUGAAUCACGUUCUGACGUUCGGACCCAGGCAUCUUUAUUGAACUCUCAAAAUGAGGAUUUUCACGUCUCUGCUGAAAAACGCCAACCCCAAAAUCGAGUAUUACUCCAGGUUUUCGCCCUCCCCGCUGUCCAUUAAGCAGUUUUUGGAUUUUGGCAGAGAAAAUGCAUGUGAGAAAACAUCCUACAUGUUCCUGCGUAAGGAGCUGCCGGUGCGGCUGGCCAACACCAUGCGAGAGGUCAACCUGCUGCCCGAUAACCUGCUCAGCCAGCCCUCCGUCAGACUGGUGCAGAAAUGGUACAUGCAGAGCUUCGUGGAGCUGCUGGAUUAUGAGAACAGAAAGCCAGAGGAUCCUCACGCUCUGAACGAUUUUUUGGAGCUCUUGAUCGAGAUCCGUAAUCGUCACAAUGAUGUGGUUCCCACUAUGGCUCAGGGAGUCAUCGAAUACAAGGAGAAGUUUGGCUUUGACCCCUUUAUCAGCAGCAACAUCCAGUACUUCCUUGACCGCUUCUACACCAACCGCAUCUCUUUCCGCAUGCUCAUCAACCAGCACACUCUCCUGUUUGGCAAUGACACCAACCCUGCCCAUCCAAAACACAUAGGGAGUAUUGAUCCCACCUGCAGUGUGGCUGAAGUUGUCAGUGAUGCCUACGACACUGCAAAGAUGCUGUGUGAGAAGUACUACUUGGCUGCUCCUGGGCUGAAGAUUGAAGAGUUCAACAUGAAGGCCCCCAAAAAGCCCAUCCAAGUGGUGUACGUACCCUCUCAUCUGUUCCACAUGCUGUUUGAGCUCUUCAAGAACUCGAUGAGAGCCACAGUGGAGCUUCAUGAGAACAGUACAGAAGGAUUACCACCAGUAAAGGCAAAAGUCACUCUGGGUAAAGAGGAUCUGUCCAUAAAGAUCAGUGACAGAGGAGGAGGAGUUCCCCUGAGGAAGAUCGACCGUCUGUUUAACUACAUGUACUCCACUGCUCCUACACCAAGCCUGGAGCCCGGAGCUGUCCCACUGGCUGGCUUUGGCUAUGGUUUGCCAAUUUCUCGGCUCUAUGCCCGGUACUUCCAGGGGGAUUUGAAACUCUACUCCAUGGAGGGCGUUGGCACAGAUGCAGUCAUCUAUCUGAAGGCCCUGUCCAGUGAGUCCUUUGAGCGACUGCCUGUCUUCAACAAGUCGGCGUGGCGUCAUUACAAGACCAGCCCCGAGGCAGACGACUGGAGCAACCCCAGCAAAGAGCCACGAGAUGCCAGCAAGUCCAAAUACAAAGCCAACAGAUAACUCUGCCUGACACGCUCACCCAGCCCUCCACUGGGCGCCCAAACACCCACACUCUGCCCUCGAGCAUUUUAAGAUGAAGUGUUGCCCUUGGGUAAACGUUUGGUUUAGGACCCUACUUGCUUUUACAUUCCAGUGAUCAUAGCUUCAAAAAAGAUGGACGACCUUGACUUGUGUCUGUACCCAAUGGCAAUGGCAUUCAUCGACGUAGCUUUCAGUGUUAUGGCAUUUCCGCUGGCUCUCCCAAGAUGGGGUUAAAAUGAACCUCUUCCAAAUUAUAGAUCCCCCACAGUCAGUUAGUGAGAUGACUCUUGUGGAUCUUUACUCGUUUUGAUUUCAUUGCGUCCUCUAUCUGGCCAUUAUUCUGAGCUAAGUUCAGUGUUAACUCUCCCUCUGCCUCAUGCACAGUUUGGCCUGGAUUGUCUGUGCUGGCUGGGCCACUGCACUGCUGAUUGAGUGUCUUUCUGCCCUUCAGUGAAGGCAUGAAUUCUGUUUUCACCCUCUCAAACACAAGAGGAGUCAGGGGCUUCGAGUUUCACUGCAAAUGGGAGGAGAAGGAGGUUUCAUUUCCUUCCUUUGGGGAGACACUUUUGACUGAACGCACAAUUAGGCCAGUGUGUCACUGGCAUAGUAAAGACUUGACUCUAUUUAAGCCUGGGAAAAUGAAAGAGAAGACUAAGUAUAGAUGAGAGAAAAUGAUAACUCCUUUGUAAAAAUUAUAGGAAGGGUACACCAUAUUUUUGAAGGUUGAGAAAUCAGGAUAUUUAUUUUAUAUCAAAGAGAGAAAGCCUUACUUCUGCAAGCUUAAAAUAUAUUAGAUUUUUUUUUAAAAUCUGCCUUGAAGGCUCUAUUGGAAAUCAAGGUUAAUUUAUAAUGGAAGGAUAUUAGAAAGUUUGAGUACUUUGUUUAUAUUGUAUUACUUCACUCGCCGACCUUCAGGCAAUGCUCAACCUCAUCUGAUAUUUCUGCUUGCAAACCAACUCCACUCCCUGCCAAUGAAUUGUCACCAUGUCAGCUUUGUUUGUCAUUCAGCUUUAACCGCGCCAGCAUGAUGUGUUGUAUGAACCCUCUCAGAGAGGAAUCGGCCUGUUGCAUCUAACGAGGACUUUAAAGUGUGGGAAUACGUCAUCACAUUUCUGCCCUCGUCCUGCUAACCUUUCAACCCGCCGGGCUGGAUACACACUCCUAACAAUGCUUCACCCGACCUUGUGUCUCAGUUGAAGUAUUACUAAUCCUCAUCUCUCCGAAUGAGUUUGAGUGAAUUUUCUGUAACUUUUUAAAUGUGCUUUUGUUUUUAUUAUCGCAACAGGGUUAGAAGAAACAGCGAAAAAUACUGAAUGGACUGAUAACUAACAGGCCUUUGCACUGUUUUCUUCGGCUUUCCAUCUUUUUGCAUUGGAACACAAUUACUUCUGAUGAUCUUUUAAUGUUUUUCCUCUGAUUAUUUUUAGAAGUGUGUGCAGUCCAGUUCAUUUUCUUUAUUUACACAAUAGGAAAUCAAGCGACAUUUGGAAAAGCCGGGAGGGGAAAAUGUGGUUAAAGGAGCCACUGAUUACUGGGUACUGAAAUAUUGCUCCAAACCAAUUCUGUUUUUGUCACAUGAAUUACAUUUAGGACUUUUUUUAGUGCACUUUACUAACCCAACAAAUACUUUUUCUUUUCAAUUAACUUUUCAUGCAAUCGUUUCAGACCUCUAUGGAGAAUUUCCUUAUAAAUGGAAGAUUAUUUAUGGCCAGGUGAGAUCCCAGAUCACCGCUUGCACCCUCAAAAACAUCGUAAUUGCAGCUUCUGAAAAAAAGACCAAUGAAACGUGGCCCAAACCUGGUGCUGUUUGUUAAGGACCAGAUGAUGGGGAAUUUUAACGAUGUGAAGUGACUUCCUUUUCUCAUCUUCUUUAGCUCCAUGUGAUGUGAAAAGAAGUGUAGGAAAGUAGAUGAAGAAUUCAGGAAGGAGCCUUUCCUCAUCCUUUUUGGCCUCACUGUAAGAUCACAUCAGUGCCAGUACCUUCGUUAACCUGCCAGUCUCACCGAGUGACGCUCACUGACAGUCCUGCUGUAAGGACGCCAGACAUCAGUUCAUUUCAAGGCCUAAGGUUGGCACCUUAAACGUGUGGUCUCCCUCCAGAUCAGACAAAAUCACCCUUAAGUUUCAGUUCCAUUUGGGUGAUUUAAAGGCCUUAGGAUCCUUCAUCUUCAGGAGCUGUCAGCCUCCACUGUUAAAGAGUGUUUCUGUACCUAUGGUAUACUAGAAGAUAUUGUGUACAUAAUUAUUACUAAUGUGUUUGCUGCCGGUGUGGAGUGACAACUCUGUUUUCCGUCCUCCUGUACCUCCCACUUAAACAAAAGUAUUUGUGUGCAUGAACUCCUCACUGUGGAGGUGGUCACACAGAGGUGUGCGCUUAAUUCAGCAGGAUCACGGGGCAAGUGUGGCGAUGUGAUCCAGCAUGAUAUCAACCUGCACGGUCAAACCUGACAAUAAAGGAAAUUGCUGUUGUGUGUGA